AUGAACAAAUUUACAUUACGUUUUCCAUCCUAAAUGGAGAAAAAAUACGAAGAGUUUACAAGAGAAUAAUCCCUAUUUCAUUUUAAAUGUUAUCAGCCUAUCUUAAUUAUUAUUAAUUUAGGAGUUGCCAUAAUACAACUAAAAGAAGGUUAGAUCAUAAAUGGGUUAUUCGAAUCAAUCGCCACCUUGUUUUUUAUCCUACAAAUUCCAUAUAUUUUAAAAUAUCGUAAAGGUAAGAACACUUGCAAUCUAUUUGUGAUUAAUAAUCUAAUUAUGACUGCUAUAUAGAUUUUGGUGGAUAGAAACACGCCUUCCUAUGAUAAUGCAUAUGUGUCAGGAUGUGGAAUUAUAAUCAUCAAUAUCACAUUAUUGGAGCAUUAUGAUUUUGUGUGGAAUGCAUUUGCAUUACUUAUUAUUACUAUAUCUCGUUUAUUUUAUAUUCUUUUUUACUUUAAGUUUGAUGGAAUGGCUGUACUUUAUAUAGUUGUAUCAUUCUAUUUAUUCAUUCUUCUGUAUAAAAAAUCAUAUGAAAAGAGAACACUAUUCAUCUAAUACUAGAACGAAAAAGAAAUAAGUAUUUAUCUUAUCACUAUUAAACUAGGAAAUGUUUUAAAUGAAAUUAUCUAAGAUAUUUAUAUCCAGUUUAAAUUUGAUUAAAAAUCAUUUUAAUUUGAAUUAAAGUAUGCAAACCAUUAUGCAGAGCAGAGACUUGGAAUCUCAUGCAAUCAAGAUUUUAAGGACUUCCUACAUUAAUAUUCAAUUUAGGAUACUCAAUUAUAGCCAAAAGGAAAUUCAAAAUAAAAAUAGAAUAUUUAGGGCAGUACUGGGUUGGAUUGUCAAAAUAUUGGUUAAUAUUUAUAUGAUAAAAUGAUAUAAUCAAAAUCCCCUUAAAAAAAAAUAGAAUUGACCAUCCAAAAAAAUAAUUCAAAAUAAUUAUACAACCUGAAAGUUUUUGCUUAUCAAAAUGAGAGUCGAGAACUCCUUAUGUUGAUGGAAUAGAAAUAGGAUAUCUUGCAUGAUGACACCUAAUUGAAGCUAAAAGAAUAGGAAAUUAAACUUUUGUCUAGCAGGUUAGAUAAGAUUAAUACUAGAACAAAUAAAUAGUUAUUCUAAUUAUGUUAAUUAUAAUAAAAUUCGGAUGAUAGAUAUUACUUUAAGGUCAGCGAAUCUUUAAUAAGUGCACAGAUUAUUUCGAACACAAAAAUUAAAAUGAUCUUGGAUGCAUUUUAGAUUUACUAUAUUAAAAUUAAUUAUUCAGAACUGUAAACAUUUUCCCUCAAGAAUAUCAUUUAUUAAUCAUUAAUGAUUAUGAACAAUGUGGCUGAUGUAGAAAAUAAAUCCAUUUAAUUCGAAUCUGAUUCAACAGACCAUUUUGUUAUUACAUCUAUAUAACAUAUCAUCUAAUUUAUAUUCUCAAAUCUUUUAUAUUUAUUUCUCAUAUAAAAGUCUCAUAAACAUAUUAAGGUGGAAUUGAGUAAGAUUGAAACUGAAUAAUGUAUGGCUUUUAAUUUUUAUAUUGAAGGAUUCAUUUCUUUAGAGUUUUUGCGAUAGAAUACAUUUAUUAUUUAAAUGAUAUAUAAAGGAUUAUAAUUAGUAGGUCCUAAAGCUGAAGUUACUACUACUUCAUUCUUUUAAGAUACAUGCCCAUCUCUAUUAUAGGUAAAGAUAUACAAAAAUCUUGAUAUUGUUCUAAAUGGGUGA